AAUAGGAGCGUGAGGGCAGCUGCCAUAGCGUCUCUCACGCGCAGCUGCUCAGCAAUCCUCAAAACACUGAUCGCGAAUACGGAUCAAAAGACAUCCGUCUGACUCUCUUGGACUCAUUUUCUCCGCGACGCGACGCAACACAUCAUCAUCAUCAUCAUCACAGGCGUAUCCAGCCGACAUGGCCUCGUCCGUGAGCGGAGCGGAGGAAGUGCGCGUGUCGGCGUUGACGCCCCUGAAGUUAGUGGGUCUGGUGUGUAUUUUUCUCGCGCUGUGCCUGGAUGUAGGGGCCGUGCUGAGUCCGGCGUGGGUCACCGCGGAUGACCAGUACCACCUGUCCCUGUGGGAGUCGUGCUGGAAGCCCGCUUCCUCCGUGACCUGGCGGUGCAGCAGCACAUUGGGGACCGACUGGCAGAUCGCCACAUUGGCGUUGUUGUUGGGUGGAGCGUUCCUUAUCCUCCUUUCCUUCCUGGUGGCUCUGGUCUCUGUCUGCAUUCGCUCCAGGAGACGCUUCUACCGACCGGUCGCAGUUAUGCUCUUUGCUGCAGUGGUUCUGCAGGCUUGCUGUUUGGUGCUGUAUCCCAUCAAGUUCAUCGAGACCAUCAGUUUGAAAAUAUACCAUGAGUUUAACUGGGGCUACGGUCUGGCCUGGGGGGCCACCAUCUUCUCCUUUGGGGGAGCAAUUCUCUACUGCCUGAACCCUAAGAACUAUGAAGAUUACUACUAAACCUGCUACAAUGUCUCCAGUACCCUUCAAUGUCCUCACUGUUUGUAUAGCAGCUCAUGCAAUGAACAUUUGUUCUCUUUGCAGAACUGAUCUUGACUUUGCACACACAAAGAAACACCCUUAAAGCGCAGUGCGAUGCCAAGCUGUUAGAUAUGGAUGUAAAUUCAGUAUAUUUUAAGGCUUUUUAGCAUCCUAAUACCCCACAUUUUCAAUCAUUCUCCACUAUCCUUUACUAUCCCAUGUCAUGCAAUUAAACCCUAUCAUUAAAAUCCUAUUUAUUUUUCAGUCUGUCAUUUUGAUCAACUCUUUCUCCUCAUGUUAUUCUAACACCUUCUCUGAUCUUCAUCUGACUCCAGAUGUUAGGCUCUUCACAGAAAUACUGCCAGUAUGUGAUGUGAUCUGUGGGGAAACCUUCAUCUGUGGUGGGAUCUGAAACAUGGCAGACAGAAGGCUUCUACAAAUCUGACAGAAUCAAACAACUCCCAGAUAGACAUAGAUUCACAGUUAUUACUCAGCAAUAGAGCAUACUGUAGAUUCUGCUAUUUGCUGUAAAUGUCAGUUGUGUGAAAAAUGAAACAUUCUUUAGAUAGCAAAUGAGAAUAUAAAAAUUAAAAAUCAUAAAAGUAUUUGAAAUGAUAAGAAACAUUACGUUAUUAGUACAGUAAAGGCAUACUUUUCUGGGAAAAGUAGGACUUUGUGUGGGCACCUCGAUGACAGAUGUUACAUUUGCAUGUCACAUAGGCCAAACAGAAGUUAUCAUUGUAAUAAGAAACUGGUCAGGACACUUAAAAAGACCUUCACUUAGCCAUAGACAUAUAUAUCAAAGAAAAACUGAAAUGGUAGGAUAAACUGAGGCUGAUGUUAUAUUAAGCACAUAUCCUGUACAUACAGUAUCACAUUGAUUGCAACCUUUGUGCACAUCUGAAAAUAUCUUUCUGAGAUCUUCAUUUCACAUCUUCAGUUUACACGAGAUUUGGUAGAAAAUACUUUGCAUUGUGGAAACAUCUAGGUCUUGUGGUGUAACCAAGCUUUGCAGAUAGAGUAGGUUUUGACUGAUAUGCAGAGAGUGAUCUUAUUAGUAUUAUUUUGCAUACAGGUAUUUAAGUGCAGACUAAAGGGUUGUUUCAUAGAACUGUCAGUCUGGGGCCUGUUGUAUAAACAGCCAUUAACUUAAGACUUCGUGUAACCAUGCCAUAGAAAGCCUGUUGCAUUAAACAAGCUCACAGUUUUCUAUUUCACAUUGCAUUGUGGGAAAAGUAAGACACUAAACAGCUUUAUAAAAAAAAUGUCCGACUGUGGACACUCAAUGCAAUUUUCAUUGUCUGAAAAUAUUUGUUGUUAGAGUUCUGCAAUGCUUCAAAAUUUAUUCUAUUUAACAAAUUUAGUGAUUUUAACCCAAAUAAUAAAAAUACACAUGAAAUGUUGUUACCAUCAUAGAAGUCUUCAACAAAGUCUCAACUGAAGCCCCCACUGGCUCAGCCAACAGUUAUUUUACAUGGAAACAUGGAAUGGAAACAAAAGUUAGCCUGGGGGUCUGCAGGCUUACAUUUUGGUCUUAAAUUAGACAGAUCUAAGUUUAUAUGCAACUGACUGAAAAGGUUAAGAUGAAAAUUUUAGACGACUUACAAGUAAGACUAGUCUAAGUAAGAUGUAUUCAAUAGGCCCUGUUGUGCGCAUGCUUGUGUUUGAAUGGGAUGUAUGUAUUAAUUUUUGAGUGUACAUUUUGAGUGAUUGUGUGAUUUCUGUU